AUGAUCGGAUUGAAAGGAUUGCUGAAUGUGAUCGAUAAUACCGGUGCAUUGAAAGUGGAAUGUAUAAACGUAUUGAAAGUGAAAACGAGAUUAAAAUCCACCGGUACAGCCACAGUAGGAGAUGAGAUAGUAUGUGUAGUCAACAAAGCAAGACCGAUCCCAGCCAACGAAGUAAUCAAGAAUCCGUCGUCUUCCUCGAAUAUACAGAAAAUCAGAAAAGGUGAUGUGAGAAGAGCUGUGGUGGUAAGGGUGAAAAAGACUGUUCAGAGAUCUGAUGGAAGUGUGGUGAGGUUCGACGACAACGCGGCUGUCUUACUGAAUAACAAAGGUGAAAUGUUAGGUACAAGGAUAGUAGGACCCGUAGCAGCUGAAUUGAGGAAAUCAAAAGGCGGUGCCGCAGGUGCAGGUGGUAGAUGGGGCAAGAUAUUGAUGUUAGCUCCCAAGGUGGUAUAA